AUGGCGAACCACACUCCUGCCGUUGUCAUGGACAAGUGCCAACGCAACAGCGGCACGGGCUUUUCCAAGCUUGGUUUUGCGGGCAAUGACUCCCCGUCCUUUGUCUUCCCAACUGCCAUUGCAACCAAAGGCCCCGGUGCUGGAGGCGGCGGCUCCGGCUCUGGACGUCCCGCCGUCGGCAACAAGCCCUCCUUCCUCACUGGAGGCGCUGGACCUGCCAGCAACCAUUUGAGCUCCAAGCGCGGCACCGAAGACCUCGACUUUUUCAUUGGCGAUGAGGCAAUUAGCGCUGCUGCCGGUCCUGGGUACGGUCUCCAUUACCCUAUUCGCCAUGGACAGAUUGAGAACUGGGACCACAUGGAACGCUUCUGGUCCAACUCCAUCUUCAAAUAUCUGCGCGUCGAGCCCGAGGACCACUACUUCCUCCUCACCGAGCCCCCUCUGAAUCCUCCCGAAAACCGAGAAAAUACCGCCGAAAUCUUCUUCGAGUCGUUCAACUGCGCUGGCAUGUACAUUGCCGUCCAGGCCGUCCUCGCCCUUGCCGCAUCGUGGACGUCGUCCAAGGUGACAGACCGAUCGCUCACUGGCACGGUCAUCGACUCUGGUGAUGGUGUCACUCAUGUAAUCCCCGUCGCCGAAGGAUACGUCAUCGGCUCAUCGAUCAAGUCGAUUCCCAUUGCCGGCCGAGACAUUACUUAUUUCGUGCAGUCGCUGCUGCGAGACCGCGGUGAGGCCGAUUCGUCUCUCAAGACUGCUCAGGAGAUCAAGGAGUCGCACUGCUACGUCUGUCCUGAUAUUGUCAAGGAGUUUGCCAAGUACGACCGCGAUCGUAGUCGCUUCUUGAAGCACACUGUGUCACUUCCCGGUGGUCGCCAAGUCAGCGUCGAUGUCGGUUAUGAGCGCUUCUUGGCCCCGGAAAUUUUCUUCAACCCCGAAAUUUACAGCUCCGACUUCCUCACUCCUCUCCCCGUUGUUGUCGAUGGCGUCAUUCAGCAGUCGCCCAUUGACGUGCGCCGUGGUCUGUACAAGAACAUUGUCUUGUCUGGUGGUAGCACAUUGUAUAAGGACUUUGGAAGACGUUUACAAAGAGACAUCAAGCUUCUCGUGGACGAUCGCAUUCGUGCCAGCGAGCUCCGUAGCGGUGGUGCUCGCAGUGGUGGUCUCGAAGUACAGGUCAUUUCCCACAAGCGUCAACGCCACGGUCCCUGGUUUGGAGGCAGUCUGCUUGGUCAAACGCCAGAGUUCCGCUCAUACUGCCACACCAAGGCCGAAUACCAAGAAUACGGACCCGGCAUUGUGCGCAGAUUCCAGCUUCUCGGUGGCCCUGGUGGCUCUUAG